GACGCUGUAACUGGAAAACGUGUUUGCCGGAUCGUCGUCGGCGGCGUCGCGUUCGUUGCCUUUUUCCACAAAAACCUCGCGAGUCGUGAUUGUUUUUCCGCGAGCGACCCCCCCUCCGGAAGCACAUCCUUGAAAUACUAUCCUUGAAAUCCCCCAGUGUGUGUGGCUGGCUGACUGGCUGGCUUGUUUGUUUAUUUGUUUGUUUUUUCCUGUUCUUGGGCCCCGUCGUAAUUGGCGCAAAUCAAAAAGUUUAUUAAAUAGCACAAAGCAAAGAAGGAAUUAAUAAUGUUAUGUGUUGACUAAUUGGCGACUGGAAAACAAAGAGGGAAUACGUAAUAGCCAAUUUAGACAAGCUGUGAGACCCCCAUGUCGCCAUGCGCGACCUCAAGCAGCGCCUCUUUGACCUGCUGCGCUCAGGCGGCAACAACAGCAAUGGAAACGCCAAUAAUCAUUCGAAUAACGGCAACCAACAAAACCAUAAUGGCGUCUCCCACACUCAGCACACCCAGAUGCCGGUCCAGAAGCCGAAGAAACUGCACGAAUACACGGCGGCGGACUGCAACGCGGCCUUCCUGCGAAAAUACCACGAUCUUAGCAUUAGCCGGGACCACCAAAUGGAAAGAGAGCGCGACAAGGAGCGGGACAGGGAGCGCGAGCGGGCAGGCCCCGCCCACCAGCACGCGCCCGCCCCCAACGUGAUCUACUUCAACGAAAACCUAUCCAUGGCCAGCAAGUACAACGUUCGGCCCUUUCCACUCACCCGCUACCCCUCGUGCCCCCUGAGCAGCUUCGGCAUCCCGCCGGGCCAGGUCGGGCCGGAGGGUGGCAGUGCGGGCAGCAGCCUCGGCGAGGAGGAGGACACGGAGAGUGAGGCCUACAACUUCUGCUCCGACGAGGACCAGAGCAGCCACACGCAGACCCUGAAGCUGCGCCGCCACCACGAGAUCGACAUGGGCCUGUCCAGCGCCACAGACCCCACCGACCACGAGCACCAUGACCUGGCCGAGGAGGACGAGGACCAGGCCGAGUCCCAGCUGGACUCCUUCUGCACCCUCUGCACCUCCACCUUCAGCUACAACAAGUGCUGUCGCUUCUGCGAGAACUCCCUCUGCGGCUCCAAGUGCAACUCGGAGCGCGGCUCCCACGCCAGUCGCCUCAGCCGGAUCAGCCAGAUAAGCCGGGGCCUGCCGCCGGAUCCGGACUUUGAGCACCAGCUGCAGCACCCCCGAUUCGGAGGCAGCGCUCGGAUGCUGGCCGGUCACCACCAGUCGGCGGCCAUAAGAACCAUAAACGAUUAUGCUCUCAACUCGAAUCUUCACCUGAAUCACAACAACAAACUGCACAACAACCACAUCAACAUCCACAACAACAACAACAAUAACAACAACAACAAGCUGAUAAGUCACAGCAACAACAACCUGAGCAGAAUGCACGCCCACCAACUGGACUCGUACUUGGGCGGCAUGGGCGCCCUGGGCCAGAUGGGCCUGGGCAACCUCACCGGACUGGGCCCAAUCGGUCCGAUGGGCUCCUCCAUGGGCCAGAUGCACCAUCCGGGGAGCGUUUCCGGCAGCGAAAGACCCAACGGUGGAGCUCUGGCCCUGCACUACGCCGCCGCCAGAGGCUGCCUGGACUGUGUCCAGCUCUUGGUGGCAGCAUCCGUGGAUAUUUGCGCCAAUACGCAAAUGGACAACGAUGUGACGCCCGUGUAUCUGGCGGCGCAGGAGGGCCAUCUGGAGGUGCUCAAGUUUCUGGUCCUCGAGGCCGGGGGCUCACUGUAUGUGCGCGCACGCGACGGCAUGGCACCGAUCCAUGCCGCUUCACAAAUGGGCUGCUUGGAUUGCCUCAAAUGGAUGGUCCAGGACCAGGGCGUCGAUCCCAACCUGAGGGACGGCGAUGGCGCCACACCACUGCACUUUGCCGCCUCCCGGGGACACCUCUCCGUGGUCCGCUGGCUGCUCAAUCACGGAGCCAAGCUGUCCCUGGACAAGUACGGCAAGUCGCCUAUUAACGACGCCGCUGAAAAUCAGCAGGUUGAGUGCCUGAAUGUUUUGGUUCAGCAUGGAACAUCGGUGGACUACAAUGGCAAGAACGGCAGUGGCAGCUCCCAGCAGCGCCACAAGUCGCAGCAGCAACUGCACCAGUCGCACCAGGGCCAGCAGCAGCAACAGCAGCACCUGAGCAGCAGCUGCAACUCCAACUCGAACUCCUCCAAGCAGACCAGUCGCAGCAACACCAUCAAGUCCAAGUCCUCCUCCACGCUGAGCUCCGACGUGGAGCCGUUCUACCUGCAUCCGCCGGCGGUGACCGGAGCGGGGGGAUCUGGCAUCCUGGGCCUGGGCAUCACCCGGAAGAACAGCGACGCUCUGUACUCACAGCAGUCGCGCAGCUCCUCCGAGAAGCUGUACAAUGGGUCGUCCUCGUUGAGCGGAAAUCCGGGCAAUAACGGUGGAGGGUCCUCCAGCGGAGGGGGCGGCGGUGGCCCUUCGGGAGGCGGGGCCCAGUUGCUGCCCAACGAUGGGCUGUACGUGAAUCCCAUGCGGAACGGCGGACUCUACAACUCGCCCUCGCCGAACGGCAGCAUUUCCGGGGAGUCCUUCUUCCUGCACGAUCCGCAGGACAUCAUCUACAACCGGGUGCGGGACCUGUUCGUAGACUCGGACUGCAGCAGCAGCGUGAAGCAGCACGGCGGCAAGCUGCUGCAGUCGAAGGCGGGCAACGCGAUGACCAUCCAGGCGGACGUCCACUCCAGUUCGAGUGGGGCGGGCAGUGGGUCGGACGAGUCCGUCUCCAUCUCCUCCAGCUUCAACUCGCCGAAGCCGCAGCAGCAACAGCAGCUGCAGCAAAUGCAACAGAUGCAGCAGAUGCAACAGAUGCAGCACCUGCGCAGCCAGAGCUUCAACCGCAGCAGCAGCAACAUCAGCUACAAGCCGCACAAGGCGGUGUCCGGAUCGCAGAACGGCAGUGUCGGUGGCAGUGGAGGCGUUGGUGGUGGCGGCGGGGAUCAUGAUUAUGAGGACAUCUACCUGGUGAGGGAGGAGUCGCGGAAGCAGCAUCAGCACCACCAGCAGCAGCAGCAGCAUCAGACGGCGCAGCUGCAACUGCAACAGCAGCACCAGCAGCAGCUCCACAAAUACAAUGUGGGAAGGUCGCGGUCGCGGGACAGUGGCUCCCAUUCGCGUUCGGCCAGUGCCAGUUCGACCAGGAGCACGGACAUUGUCCUCCAGUACAGCAAUCAUCAUCUGAACAACAAGCGCAACAUGAACAACAAUAACAACAACAACAACAAUAAUAAUAGCAACAAUCACAUCAACAACAACAACAACAAUAAUAAUAGUCUGCUAAAUCGCAACAAAUCACAUUCCAUCAUCGGACUGCACAGCAGCAAGUACGAAUCUCCGAUGAAGGACAACUACAGCUCGAAGAACGUCAAUCUGAAGAAUCAGUUGCUCAACGGUGGCAUCAAGAGCGACACCUACGAGAGUGUCUGCCCGCCGGAGGACGUGGCCGAGAGGACCAAGCAGGCCCACAAGAACUCCAUGAUCCGCAACAAUCUGACAGACACCACCAGUGCCCCCAACAACAACAGCAACAAUAAUCAGAGUGGCAGGAACCUGAAGAGGGUCUCCUCGGCUCCACCCAUGCAGAAUGUGGCCAUAGUUAAUGGACCACCGCCACCGCCCUUGCCCCCGCCUCUGAGAGCUCCCGUCCAGCAGCAGAGGAACAACCUGAACGCCGAGGCGGCCAACAACAUGAACAACAACAACAACCCAAGCAACAACGCCAACAUCUACAAGAAGAACGUGUUUGGUUCGUCCAACAAUGUGGCUGGGGGAGUGGCUCCAGUUGCGAGUGGAAACCCAGGAGCUGCUGCCUCCAACGAAGCGGUGGACUCGGAUUCGGGUCUGGAGGUGAUCGAGGAGCCCAGUUUGCGGCCCUCGGAGCUGGUGAGGGGCAAUCACAAUCGCACCAUGUCCACUAUAUCAGCGAACAAGAAAGCCAAGCUGCUGAAUGCCCAGUCCGGAGCCAGCAACCAGCUCAGUCCGGAGGCACUGGCUACCCAGAAUGGAGGAGGAGGUGGCGGCAUCGGCGUCGGCGUCGGCCCAGCACCCGGCAAUCAGUCCAGGAACGGCAGCAUCUACGGCUACUCGGAGGGCGGUAAGGGACAGAGGAGCAACUACCAGGCCCAGAACUCCUCCCAGCAACAGCAGCAGCAGCAGCACUACCAUCAUUCCUAUGCUCCGAGCAUCUAUGGCGGUGGCGGAUCCUCUGCCGAGGACCACUACGAGCUGGCCCAGCAGCAGCAGCAGCAGAUCUACGGCGAGUCGACGGGCUCAGUGACCGGGCCGGGUGGUGGACAGCGUCCAGGUGGACCAAACCUGGUCAACAAGCAGCUAGUGCUGCCGUUCGUGCCCCCCAGCUUCCCCAACAAGUCCCAGGACGGAGUCACGCAUCUCAUCAAGCCGUCCGAGUAUCUCAAGAGCAUCAGCAUCGACAAGCGUUCGUGUCCAUCCUCCGCCCGCUCCACGGACACGGAGGACUACAUGCAGAUACAGAUCGCCCAGCAGCAGCAGCAGGUGCACCACUCACAGCACUCACAGGCGCACCAGCAUCAGCACCAGCACCAGCACCACCCUCAUCCCCAUCCACAUCCCCAUCCGCAUCACCAGCAUCCGCACCAGCACCAUGGAAUGGGCGACCAGCCGCCGUUGCCGCCACCACCACCCCCGCUGCCACACGGCAUGCUGCCGCCGCAGCCCUUGAUGGCGCUAAUGGGCGGAGCAGGAGGCGGCCAGGAUGCCACCAUGUCCGGCAAGUCCUCGCACAAGCCGAAGAAGCCGCACGGAGCGACGCCCAGCAGCCAGGACACGGCCACCAGGAAGCAGCACCAGCCGCUCUCGGCCAUAUCUAUACAGGAUCUGAACAGUGUCCAGCUCCGACGCACGGACACCCAGAAGGUGCCGAAGCCCUACCAGAUGCCCGCCCGCAGCCUGAGCAUGCAGUGCCUGACCUCCACCACGGAGACCUAUCUCAAGUCCGACCUGAUCGCCGAGCUGAAGAUCUCCAAGGACAUACCCGGCAUCAAGAAGAUGAAGGUGGAGCAGCAGAUGGCCAAUCGGAUGGACUCGGAGCACUACAUGGAGAUCACAAAGCAGUUCACUGCCAACAACUACGUCGAUCAGAUCUACUUGCAGAUACCGGAAAAGGACCAGGCCGGCAAUGCCAUACCCGACUGGAAGCGCCAGAUGAUGGCCAAGAAGGCGGCUGAGCGGGCCAAGAAGGACUUUGAGGAGCGGAUGGCACAGGAGGCCGAGUCGCGGCGUCUCUCCCAGAUUCCACAGUGGAAGCGCGAUCUCCUGGCUCGGCGCGAGGAGACGGAGAACAAGCUGAAGGCGGCCAUCUACACGCCCAAGGUGGAGGAGAAUAACCGGGUGGCGGACACCUGGCGCCUCAAGAACCGGGCCAUGUCCAUCGACAACAUCAACAUCAAUCUGGCCGGCAUGGAGCAGCACUACCAGCAGAUCCAGUUCCAGCAGCAGCAGCAGUUCCCGAUUGUCGGCAACAAGGAGAACCACGGCGAGGCCAAGACUCCCGACGACCACGAUGCCGAGCAGGAUCAUCAGGCUGGACAGGAGCAAUCGGGCGAAAAUCCGGGACAGGAGCCGGCCGAGGAGGAGGAGGACAACAUCAUCCCGUGGCGGGCACAGCUCCGGAAGACCAACAGUCGUCUGAGUCUCAUUUAAGCUAGCCUAGAAUCGAAAAUCCAAAAUCAUGAUAAUCCCAAAAUACCCAAAAUUCCAUUCCCUAAGUGCAUUUUUUUGUUUUUUUUUUUUGAUUCUGUAACUUGAAGAAAGCAACUUGAAGCCUGUGCAAUUCUUAAA